AAACGGAGCAUCAGUUUUUGUAGCAGGCAACAGCAUUUUAACAGUUUGCCUUUUUCAACAAUUCAACGUUUCGUCACUGUGGUUGUCGAGAUGAUGCCAUUGAAUUAUUCUGCUUCACUGUUAAACAUUUGUUUGUUAAAUGAAUAUUGGUUUGUAGCAUGCUUCUACCACCAGGAAUUGCUAAUAAAGAUAUUUGUCGUAACCGUAGCGUAACGCAUUAGGGAAUUCCGGAAACAUGUUGCCAAGGGAGGUCACAAUUUUUUCCUUGCUGUAUCUAUUAAAAGACGAUAUUUCCCAAAUAGUACUCUGUGUACACCGGGCACCAAGUACACUAGCCUAACAAUAAACUGACCUAUAACAUCCUUUCUUAUGUGCUCUACCUCUUUAUCUGAUCGCAGAACUGUAGUUCCAAACGUCUUCAUCAUAGUGUUGUUUGAGCUGGCUUCUAGGUAUGGAUCAACGUUAAGCGCGUGAAAUAUAAGAAACUUGAUCGUGUUUGCUUUCCCUUGAGUAGAAAGGUUUUUGGCAGAUUCUAAUUUGAUAUGUAAGGUCUCAAUUCUCCAUUUUAAUUAUCUUAAAUGCCAAAGAAUUGUGAAACAAGGUUAAAUCAAGCUCUAUAGAUAUCUGUUGAGUACAUAAUCUACAUUCUCUUAUAUUAUGAUUCGCUCACCUUUCGCACAAUACACAAUUAGCUUUUAUGAACAACCCGACCUCCCAUCUAUAGCAUACCAGGUGACUACCGUAUUUUUUGUUUGAGUGAAAUCACAGUACCGAAAAGCAUCUUCCUCAAGGAUGUGUAUAGUGAGAUUCAAAGCGUAUUUAGUAGUUAGUGAAGCAAACGGAGGCUUGUUGCGUAGAAUGACAGUGAAAAUUCUAGUGCCCUUGUACAAUCUGUGAAAGUUUGUAAUAGCACCAGGCGUAUUUUAGCAAUUUUAGCUUAGAAGACCGACCUCACUGCUUGCCUGCCACGACUUGGGUGCUCGUCAUUAAUUUUUCCUCUUGUUAGUUAAGUCAUUGUAACGCAUGCUGUUUAAACCCCUUUAAGGUGUUGUUGUAAGAAGAAUUUAGUCUUUUCAUGUCUCUAGCAAGGCGAUGGUUACCACAAUAACGAGAACCCUCGAUAGGGCACCACAUUUUUGCGCAGUCUCUCAUCCCGGCUGCGCAGCGUAAAUAUUUGAAAAAACUGGCAACUUGGGUCAGGAUUCAAGUCACUGUAAGCAUCACGAGGUGUAUUUACAUCGAGUAAAGUAAAAAGGGCAACGUUGGGUGAAAAUGAACGGCGUAGUCCAUUAUCGUAUUUCAGGGGUGUAGAAUUUUAGGACUUUGAGGCAGACACCCAAUAUUGUCAUAAGAUCUUAUCUUUUAAGUCGUUGGGCAAUGAUAGGCCGAGACUGGCUAAGCAAAGAAAAUCACCCCACCAUCCCAAAUAAAAUCAGGCUACUGAUAUUCCCGGGAAGUUUUGAAAAUUGGAUUGUUUUCCUGUCAAGCUUUCAGCAACGAAUUCUUGCAAUUGAGUCUUUUAGAGCUUAAGUUUUACUUUAGCUUGAGUUAUAAGUUUUAGAGCUUAAGACUUCCAAUGGAAUUUCCGUGGCCUUAUGUCUUUUCAGGCACUCUUGAAAGUUGUAGUUGUUGUUAAUGUUUCAUAGGAAAGUAAUGUCUCCACUGCGCUGCCCUUCUUACGUCACUAUCUUUCUACGCGAACACAGAACUAUUCCUUAUGGUAUCAGUACAAUCCUUUAUUUGUUUGCUAGCGCUUUGAUAAUUAACCUUUAUCUACAUUGAUCAUACUUAAUCUUGAUAAAGGCUUCUUUACGACAGUUAGGAUCAGACGGAUUUAAAAGAGACGCAGUACUUGCUUUUACAGUCUUUUUUGAAAUAGACUCCCUCCUAAUAUCAGUAUCAGAGGGACAGAUGAUCCCUAUUAAUAGAAUUCUACCUGGCCAAUAAGAUGGGAACUCGCCACUACAGCUCUUCCACGUUCUCCUUUUUAAAUCGUAAACCCUUCUUUGUUACCACUACCUUUGUGCACAGCAGCAAAUUUGCGCUUUAGUAACAUUUCUUAUAUCACUGGUUGAAUCCGGGUCUGCAAGAAUCAGCUGAAAACAAUCAAAACGUUGUUUCUAUGGCAGCUGGUAUGACGUCAUCACGAAAACUUGCUUUCCCGUUUUCCAUUUUCAACGAAGAAUUCUAUCCUUUUCCGUGGUAUCCCACAGUUUCUCUUCACCAAAUCUCGCCAUGCUUUGAGACGCACAGGUCAGAAAGGCACACUAUAAAUUUUCAUUCAAUAGACCCAUAAUUCAAAUUGAUUUACGUAUGAUAUUCUAACUUAAUGGGAUUGCGGCGAGGCAAAAAGUCACGUCCGUGGAUACUCACAAGAAGAAUACCACAUAAUGCAGUGAGUACCACAGACAUCGCCCUGUUUUGUCUCAGAUCAGAAUUAAUCAGCGUUAUUAUAACCAAUCUAAUAUAAAGUGAAUCGAGUUUUAUAAACAGUGUAGGUUGCUCAGAAGAGAACUAAGACAUGGAAAUAUGCUUAGGAGAGAACUAAGAAAGACAACAAGUUUUCUGAUUUGUGCCAUCAGUUAGAUAAGCACAACAAUGUAAGGAAAAAAGCCAAGAUAAGAAAUAGGACUGAAGAAUGAUAUACGCAAUGCUGAUACUUGUUUGUAGGAUUGCUAAUAGGCAUGCAUGUAAUGGAUAUAAUAGGAUAAGGGUUGAGUAAGGACUGUAUGGGUCAAGGGUUAAACAGGUGUUAAAGGACGCUAGAGAAUAACUUGGAUGGUACAGGGGAGACUUCUAGAGAUGGUCUUGUUUUAUACUUUAUCAACACUGAUAUCGGUGUGCUGUAGUCCUGUUCUAUUUUUUGUCACCUGUUAUUUUUCUUUCUCGUUCUAUUAUUGUAGCGAUUACAUAUUAGAUGAAAAUAAGGAUAAGGACAACGAAAGUCUUUUAUGGUUGAAACUGGUUGAAAUAAAUCGUGAUUUAUGAGUUAGGAAUAGCUUUUAUGACUUUCGUAGAACCUUUUGCUGUCGCCCUCAGGGUUUUCCCCGUCUACACGUAUUUUAGCUAUACGUAUCUUUUUUCAUAAACGUGUGCCAGAUCAUCACUGAAGUGCACUUCACGGAAGUGUCAUGUUCUAUAUUUUUCUCCUUUUAUAGUCAAAAAUCUUCUUUUUGAAAGUCUCACCUCCCUAAACGCUAAACCCACCCUUUUUCAAAUGAGGAAUUCCCGAAACUAUUUGUACCUAGCGCAAGAUGUAAUCUAACACACAAGCGCAACAAAGUCAUUGGAAGUGAAAAAGCAAUAGAACAAGCACAAUUUGAAAAAUAAAAGGAAAUAGCCGAAAGCCUAAUUUGUCAGAUACUAUCCCGAGAGAAGUGGGUCUUUAGACGUAGCAACUCAAGAUACCAUACCCAUUAUCAUUUUAUACGAAACGUUUCAGUAUUUCUAUCGAUCUAUCAGUAUUUGAGCUUUUCAAUUGUGAACUUCUAAGAUUUGAACUUUUUAAUUUCGAGUUUUACUUUAAAAUAAAAAUUGGUUUCUAGGCUAUUACAAACUUGUUAAAACUUUGUAAUUACACUUUUAUUUUGUAGUUAGAAGAAAGGACCCCGGGGGAAAUUAGUUGUUAGACUAACCUUGCUUAUCUUCUAUAAAUAAAGUUUAUCUAUCUAUCGGUCGAUUUUUAUACUGUGCUUUGUUUCUAAUAGAGAAUUCCAUCAUUUCCACUUGGACGUGUCUUAUUUUAUAUUUAAUGAAACAAGUAGUCGGAAAGCAUCAAUUCAAAGCGUCAUUUUUCCAGCUUUGUUUGUUUGAGCAUUAGAAAAGGGAGUGAUCGAGGAUCUGUCAGCAUGGUGAAGUAAACCAAGGUCUUUACGCUAGUCUGUUAUUUCCUUGAAGUAAGCAGUUUAUUUUUGUUAUGAGCGUAGGCUUUUGAUUAGAGUGACUCGUGCAUAUCACCUUUAAUCCCAGUGAAUUUAAUUUACGAUGUAAUAAUGAUCAUAAAUGAGACAAAAAGAUUAUCUGUUUAGGAAUCGUCCACCGUGUAUUGUCAGCUCUUUAAUAAGCGAGAAGCUGUAGCUUUGAUGUUCUAAGCAAGCACUCCGUUGACUGUCAUCGCCUUGAUUCGCAAAACGUACGUCGUUGUUGUCGCCAACAGGAGGCUGGAAGCUGAAGGGCACUUUACAAGCAUUUCAGUUUUGAAUUUGAGAGAAGUCGUUGGUAGUGUGUUAUGAAUAAUCACAUUGGACUCAAUCAAUUUCCUUGUUUCCCAGGCUCUUUGAAUAUGGUGGACAGUUGUCUCCCAGAGCCACCACCUCUUGAAAGCCUAGAUUCGUACAGUCCCUUGUCAGGAGGGGCCAGCACUCCAGGCAGCUCAUCCAGCCUGACGUUCUUUCCUACGAAUUCAAACAGCCCGAGUUCGGUUGGUAGUGAGCGUCAGGUGCUGCCUUGCUCCGUUUGUGGUGACAAAGCAUUCGUCAAGCACUAUGGCGUAGUUGCGUGUGAAGGCUGCAAAGGGUUCUUUAAAAGGUCAGUGAGGAACAACCGUAAAUAUCAAUGCUUGGGAAGCCAGGUUUGCGAUAUUGACAGAAAGUCCAGGAAUCGAUGUCAGUUCUGCCGAUUUCAAAAAUGCCUUGAAGUUGGAAUGAAAACCGAAGCCGUCCAAGAUGAAGCACUGAAAAAAGAUAAAAAGGAUACAACCAAGCGAAAAGCUGGCAGCGGCACAGGUAACUUGCCCAAAGGAAGCCCAGUCGAAGUGACGUCAUCAAGGGUAGAAAUGCCUUUGAUACCGAUUGACUCUGUAGUGUCGGCUGAAGGUAUGGUUGACCCAGCAAUACAGCUGUUUGCCAACACCUCUGUCGAUCCGAUUAGGCACGUUUGCCUUGCUGCUGAUAAGCAACUGGCCUCCCUUGCUGAAUGGGCGAAGAAAUUACCUCAUUUCACUAGCCUCGAAAUCACCGACCAGGUAGUGCUUUUGCAAUGGAGCUGGCCAGAGCUUUUGAUUGGAGGUUUCUGUCACCGCUCAUGCGCAGUUAAGGAUGGGAUCCUUCUAGCUACAGGUCUGCACUUAACGAGAGAGAAUUUAAAGAAAGCUGGCGUUGGUGCAUUAAUAGACAAGAUUUUCGGAGAGGUUAUCGAGAAACUGCAGGAAAUGCAAUUAGAUCGAGCUGAGUGGGGGUGCCUUCGAGCCGUAAUGCUCUUUUCACCAGAUGCAAAAGGCCUAAAAGAUGUGCAGCAGGUCGAAACGUUUCGGGAAAUGUACAGCGCAACGCUGGAAGACUACAUGAAGAAAACAAGACCAGACCAGCCUGAUAGGUUCACCAAGGUGAUACUUCGUGUACCGGCUCUGAAAUCAAUAGGACUGCAGGCUUUAGAGCAUUUAUACUUUUUUAAACUCAUAGGCGACGUGCCAAUGGACACAUUUUUGCUUGACAUGUUGGAGGUAAAUCAAUAAGUAUUUGUGUUAUUGUAUCAUUAAUUUUCUUAGUUGAGUUGCAAGAGAAACCAAAAAGAGCUCAAUUCAAUUCCAACCCCAAUGAUUACCAAAAGAGAACCGUUUAUUAAUUCUUUAUGUUUUCUCGAAUUCUUUAUCAUAAAAAAGUUAAGAGAGGAGAACGAAACAGUUAACUGUAGUUUAACAAACGAAUCAAUUGUCUUUUUCCGAACAAAAAACGAUCCAGAGGGAAUUUUCCUUUCUCGCAUUAUCGCAUGAUACAGCCUUCAUCUGAAAACAAUAUGUUUAAAUAUAUUAACCUAUGGCUGAAUCUGGUAUGAUGGCUGUAUCUUCAUCCGCAAAAAAUUGGCGAUCACACUGCCGAUGACCUUGAGAAAGAUCAGUAAAUGCAAAAGAACUCAAAGAAUCAUACCCUCACUAUAACUCAACGCCUUAGCGAUGUUGGAAAUUUUUCGCUGAUUUUCUGGUGAAAGGAUUAGCACUUUUCUCACUCUGCGAGAUUCGAUUUUAACCUAGUUUUUAGUUAGAUUAAUCACAAUUGGCUUAGAACACGACUCCUACGGUCAGCUUCGUGAAGCCAAAAGCCCUAGGUACAUCAAGUUUCUGGGACUGCCAUUCCCCAAAUUUCUACCACUCCCCAAUUUCUACCACUCCCCAAUUUCUACCACUCCCCAAUUUCUACCAUUCCCCAAUGCCUAUCAUUCUCAGCUCCAAUUUAGUGGCCCAGGCACAUUCUCAAGUAAUGAAUGCCAAGUUAUGGUAGUAAUUAUUUGAUGAAGAACGUUUUGCAUUUUUCAUCCUUUGAUUUUAGCAGACAUGUUUACAUUAGGAGUAUCAUUCCCAGUUAUGAAAAGGCCUUAUGCAGCCUUCAAAAGUAAAGAAAUGAUCUGAACAUUCGCACCGUAUAUCUUGUAGGUCAGUAUUUUCUUUGUGCUAUUUCUACGAUUAAACAUGCUGAGAAAUAUAGUUCAAUGUUUUUAUGUAUAUUUAAGAUAAAAACUUUUAAAAGCUUGUGUUUUGCUGUAGACCGUAUAUCCACCAAAA